AUGCUUUGUUUCUCCCCUGAGCUGGGCCUUCGAGCCUCAAUCGGGAUAUUUUUAUUGAGCUGCACAUUUUUAUCAACGACUUACACGACUACAUUUGCCUUUGAUCAUCCUUUAAGCUCGGCCGUACUGGCAUGUUUCCUCGCAGGAAUCUCUCUCUUGAUUUCGAGCAGGUUCAUCUCCUAUAUACCACAAGCACCCUCAGUGUCGCACAAGUACUCCGCCAUUCCCCUCACAGAGCGCGACCAGCCUUCUGGAGAGGUGCCUUCGUCGCCCAUUAGCCUUGGUGGCGACCUCCCCGGUGCAACAACCCGAAACCGCUUUAAUUGGAUUAAAAUCGCUCUGGUUUCAAGCAUCGGCUGCCUGCGAAUCGCUCUUUACCGUCAGAUAGCCUCCAAAACAGAAUGCGCGCCCACCGGAUAUGCAUACGCGAUCCCAUUUCUUGUCGCGGUUUACGACUUCUGGCGCAACCAACGAGCCCAAUCGGUUCCGAAAUUCACCACCUCGGACCUUCCUUCAACUAAGUUUAUCCGUGUCAUAGUAAUUGCUGCUAGUCGGACGUAUUACUUCUUAUGUCGAAGCCGUCUACGUUAUGUCAUAUCCGCCUUAUUCCUCACGACCGCGGGAUAUCUGUCAUUUAGUUUUAAAGAUGGCCUGCAGUCCACCUACGUGUGCGCAAAUAUUUCUGGCCUGCAUUCGCAAUUGCGGGCGUUGAGUAUAAUCAACACAGUUCUGGACACGCUUCUUGUGAUCGGUGCCGCUGAAUUAUCCCGAGAGAUGACUCGACAUCGAGACGCGCAGAGAAAGCAAGCCCUUGCGUCAUGGGGCUUUAGCUUCCUUGGAGUCGCUGUCCUCUGGACAAUUAUUGGGCUUAUAUUGAAAGCUGCAAUCUCCACAGAUGAUGCCGGCGUCGUUACUUCCCACUACCUGAGAAGCUCGGUGGGACAAGGACUAUUGGUGACUUGCGUCGUCGUCUCAGCGUCUCACAUUAUUCCUUAUUACGGCGCCACUGGACUCUCUAUGCUCGGUGGCUUCGUCCUAGUCUUUUUCUCCUGUGCUUCGAUGCUUUUCCACGGUCAAGAGCCUUUUCCGCCAAUCCUCGCUUCCCGAGCUUUUGUUGCUCUACUUUUCGCAUUCAUUGGAGCUGUCGAGUAUCUCUUUGCUCGGACAGCUUCUGAAGAUGAGCCCGAUUUCUUAUAUAGGUUCAACAUGUUUCUGCGGUUUCUCUUCUCGUUCUGUUUUGGCAUUGGAUUGAUCUUGGUUGCUCAUCAACCCGGGCUGGUCAAUCUACAUCCCAUCGACUUGCUCGUCUACGAUGCGAGAACACACCAUGAGAAUUGGGCCAAGGCAGCCCACAGUAGCAACAACUUAACGCAAGCCGUUGAGCAGUACCGAGUGAAAUACAACCAGCAUCCACCACCGGGGUUCGAUAAAUGGUACGAAUAUGCCACAAAUAGGUCGUCGGUCGUGAUCGACGAAUUCGAUCAAAUCUACUCCAAUCUCCUGCCAUUCCGCGGCUUGCCCCCACAGCAGAUUCGAGAAAUGACCCAGAAGCUAGCCACAAACCCCUACAAUGAAGUCGGGGCUGUCAGCAUUCGCAACGGCACGGCUAGAGUUCAGGAAGGUAUCAAGCCGACGCAUGCGUGGAUGGUUAGCAGCGCGGCCAAGAUGAUGGAGAACUUCGCCCAGUACCUCCCGGAUAUGGAUCUGGUGUUCAAUUUGAAUGACGAGCCCCGAAUUGCGGUGCCUUGGGAGAAAGCGUCGGUCCUGAGAGAAGAAGCUAGAUCGCAUGCACUACCUUCCGACGACAGUAUAGUGAAGGAGUGGUCUGCAGACCGUGCAGAGAAAUGGGCCCCGAUCGAACCAGCUGACCAGACAACGGAAACCAUGUUUACAGAUAGUUCCUUCAAAAACAUCUUCGAUCGCUAUGCAAGCCUUGUUUGUCCGCCAUCCUCAAAGGCUCGCUCCCAGCGCACCUGGGAUCGACACAGCUUAUGUUUGGGAUGUACGCGUCCUCACUCGAUAGGACAGUUUCCUUCGGACUGGAAUGUUGGCUCCGAUAUCUGUCACCAGCCAGAUCUUGCCUACCUCCACGGGUUCCUCAUCUCGCCGGCCUCAUUCAAGGUCACCCAGGACCUUAUCCCUUUGUUCAGCCAGAGCUCAAUAUCCGGUUUCAACGACAUCAUGUUCCCUAGUCCUUGGAACUACGUCGAUAAGAUCCAAUACCAGCCAUCUGAUGACCACCCGGAUUCAAACUACACGGAAAAAACCAACGAUCUGUUCUGGAUCGGCAGCACCUCGGAAGGCGUGAGCCGGAACGGUGAGUGGAAGGGCAUGCCGCGCCAGCGCCUGACCCAUCUCGUCAACAACAACAUCCACAACAAGGUUUCUGUCCUCCUGCCUGCCAACGACUCCCAAACCUUCUCCUACCAAGUCCUCGAUGGCCGUACUCCCUCCGAAAUCCUCGGACUCAACACCACCGUCCAUCUUACCAACGUCGUCCGGUGUCGCGCAGACUGCGAAGAACAAAAGCAGGAACUUGGCACAUCGCCCUCCGUCGAUUUCCAAAGCCACUGGGAGCAUCGCUACCUCUUCGACGCCGACGGCGCUGGAUUCAGUGGCCGCUUCCUUCCUUUCCUGCAGAGCCACAGUCUCCCUUUCAAAACCGGUCUAUUCCGUCAAUGGUUCGACUCGCGCCUCUCCCCUUGGCUGCACUUCGUCCCCAUCGACCUUCGUCUGCAUGGUCUCUGGAGCACCCUGGCCUACUUCGCCGGCGUAAAUGUCGCCACUGGCUCGAGUCAGGCCCUUAUGGAGCGACACGACGUCGAGGGCCAGUGGAUUGCCGAGGAAGGACGCAACUGGGCCGAGAAGGCGCUGCGGAAAGAAGACAUGGAAAUUUAUUUCUUCCGACUGCUUCUCGAAUGGGGUCGCAUUACAGAUGACCAGAGAGAUGUUCUUGGAUAUAAACCAUAG